AUGGGUUGUAUGCAGCUGCUCGCCUGUUGUUUCCCACAAAGCAACCUCCUAGAACAAGUCUACUACUCGGGAAGCAUGAUGUCAAAAAUCUUCACUGAGAAUGAGAAUCUGUGGAAAUUUUAUUUCCAAGAUGAGGCUCAGGUCCACAUAAACAACGGAAUUUCAGCUAAGGAAGAAGCCCAAGCUAAUGGAAACGCCCGUGCCGGGUUUAAACCCCGCACUAACACGACAAUGGCACGCAAAGGAAGGAAUCGGAAUAUUGAUGUCGAGCUCACAACCUUGUGCUCACAGACUCCUAAGGACUUCCUUGCAUUUAAUGGCAGGCCAAAAGGGGCGAUUGAAGAUAUACGAAAGAUUUCGGCUUGCACAAACAUUUCUGAACUAGCACGCGAAUGGUCGUCAUUUGGCUUUGACACCUGUAACAUCCCCAAAGCCACAAAUGCGGUGUGUGCAGACAUGUCUCAAGACCAGAAAUUGACUGUACAACGAGCGCCGACCAGCAUUCAAGCUGCAUCAAGUCCUUGUCGAAGAGUUAAUGUAAUUCUUGUUUUGAGACACAUAUCCUUGAUCACCAGCCUCAACAACAACUUGAGGAGCUUCGAACGACUUCUAAGAGAAGGCGGGCAAGAGGUCGUGGGAAAACAACGUGAAGGUGACGUUGACCUCUGGGCUGUGAUGUGUUCUUGUGGUAUCGAAGGACAGUUGAAGUGUGUUCAACUGAGGCUUGAGCAGUGUUUGAAAAACGUGCAUGACUCGGACAUGGCAUCUCGCACAUCUUGGGUGGGCCUGCGAACACCAUUCGACCUUUUUUUUUUUAGCACAUCAUACGAUCUACUCCUCUAUGCCCUCUGCAUGGCUGCUAGAAAGGAUUUCAUCGUGAGUUGUGAGAAAGCCAAGGCACAAAAAGUUUGCAGGAUUAGGGCGGCCAUGUUCCAAGCCCACGCUGUGGGAUUCAACGAAGUUCCAUGGCAUCCCAUCGUUCCAGAUACCGGGUUUGAUUUCGUUUCACUGUUCCGGGAUGAAACUCAUACGUGUCGAAGGAACACGACGACGGAAAAGAUGACAGAAGACUACGCACGAUCUUCAAAAGGGCUCCUUGCCGGCUUAGAGAAGGAUCUGGCAGUGAUGAGCCCUCUUGGACUUGUAAGUGAGACUAAGUAUGGAGCGCCUAUUCAAAGUAUCACAAAUGUCACCGCCUUUGCGUUCUCAUUUUCGUCCGGUCAUCGCGGGACUGCCUUGACUUCCGACUCUGUAAUCAUGAGGGGUCUCAAUGCGGUUUGGGAAGUAGAUAUGUCGCAUCUCAGGCGAUCAAAUGCUGCCGCUGAUGCGGCUCUUGCCGCAUCCCACCAAAGGUCCAGGUCCAGAAUGAUUUCUCGGGCUAUCGCCCGCCUCUGUCCCGACGUGGCUACCCCCCCAAGUAGAGGAGCCGGCCACGUUAUCGAGAGUCGAGACGCUGGUCAGGGUAGAGGUUCAGACGCCAUGGCUUUUCAAUUGGCAAAGUUGGACAGGGUUUCCCCAGCGGUGAGGCACGGGUGCGAAAACGCCAAUGGAGGGACAGCGACCGGGUUUGAAACCAAUUCGAAGGUUGAUUGGAACAGUUUUGCGCCUGGAUCCCAGCGUCGGAUCAAACCUGGGGAUAGCCGUCCGGGCAAGGAACCCCCCCGCUGUCUAGUACUCGUUGUCGAGGAUCCCGCGAGGGUACAGUGUUCCGUUGCAAUGCAUGGCAGGAUAAAAGACUCACCUGCGACCUAUGACAACUGGGCGCCGGAAGAUUUGACGCUACAGAGAUUGACAGCCCCUGCGAAAGGAUGGCGCAAAAUGGAGGGCCCCUGGCACUGCACACGACGAACUACUGGCCGCCCAGCGACAGCGAGUGACGGACUUUGCAUCGCAGUUUUGUGCGAGUCCUCGACUGGCUUGCUGGGGUUGCAGGACUUCUUCCAGGCCUUCGAUAACAAGAUAAGUUCUAGGUGGGACGUUCGUCUUGGGGACCAGGGUCACCUCAGAUAUCGCAAAGUUGACGACGCGCGACCAUCAUUAUCCCAGCAGCGCAAGGGAAGGGUCAACUGUCGAAAGAGGCGAUGGUGGAGCGAUGAACAUCGACAGUCGAAGGGUGCGGUUGGCCAGGUACUCCGCCACGCAUCCCACAGUGGCAGCUCGUGGGAGGCCAAUGGCAGUAGCUCCGGGAAGCCUUCCGAAAUGUGGUGCGGCUGCGAGGACAGCUCACAAGAACGAGGAGCCAGAAUGAGUUCUGAGCCGACCGUGUUUGCUGCUGCAGACUCUGCACUCUGCAUACAGAACAAGCUGCGUCUUGGCGCGUCCGGCAGAACAAAACAAAGCAUCGCGGCACGAGAUGGCGGAGGCGUCUGGGAUCUUGCUCCGGGGAUUAUUUUGAGCUGGCCCAUCGGGCAUAGCACAACUGAACCCUGUCGUCAAUCGCACUCCUCUUCCAACCUCCCCAAAAGCGUCCGCCAGCAUACCGACGCGCAUCACGGCGCCGGUGUCAGCUGUCAAGAGGGCCGCAAAAAGGGGCUCCGACCACUCAGCACGCUGCCUCCUCUUCCUUCGCGCCAAGCCCCUUCACCCCAGCAGGCCUCAAGCGACCUCGAUUCUUCAAACAAUCAUGCAAACUUAAACAGCGCUUCCAUCAAGGAACUCCCUCUGGAUUCUGCACGCUCGCCGUUUGAGAUGGAGGCUCUGCGCGAGUCACCGCGCUCACCAUCCAGGGGUUCACCAGAAGGUAAGCGCAUCUUACUCAAGGUGUGGACGUCAAGGGAGAGUGAGCCGUCUCCCACUUCUAUUUCCGUCCCACGUCCCGAACGCCCCUCCUUCUCAAUACUCUCUACUGCUCCACUCACCCUUGUAGCCCGUUCCCGCCGUGCGAGGGCUCAAGUCCUCGACCCGACACCAACGUUCCCGCUCCUGGAUGCUGGAAGAGCUCCAUCUGCACCUUUCCCUUGCCCAGCCACCAGCCCGGUUUGGCUUGCGGCAGCUGUCGCCCCGGCUCUGGUCAAUCUGCUUGACCUCCAGGGAGAACACAACAUGGCCACCGUCAUCGGAUUUGGCUCCCUUCGUGGUAGAAGUGUGGGAGAGUGCAAUGUAGUUCACGCAACCCUGCACCCCCUCCGAGAUCGCAAAAUGCUACCUGCAGCAAUUAUCACAGUCCCGUGCGACAGGUCCCUGGUAGAACCUGAGCUCGCGCCUCCGGGUGUGGCAGAUGUAAUGAGAGGCACAGGCCAUGGGGGUUUGAAUAAGGUAGGGUGGAGCUCAGCAGAGAGGACAGAGAGGGUAGGGCUGGCCGAGAUGGAUUGCCUGUUUGGGUCGGCGGGCAGCGAGCGCGGUUCGAGGUUUAAUCUCCUGCUCGUCAAUCGUCAGCCACCGUUCGCCGAGUGCGAUGAGGAACAAUCAGAAUGGGAGCUGCAUCUCUGCUGCGUAGCUCGCCUCGGCCGCGCGGAUGAGGCCGCCGAAAUGGGCGAAGGGCAGAGGGCCCCUGUCCAGUUGCUGCAUCGAGUCAGCUGCAGCAAAGGCAGAUCAGCGCCGGCGGUGCUUGUCCGCCUCCGUCGUGUGGCCCCGGGCUCUCUUCCAUGCACCACUAUGCAGCCUGCAUUGCGCAGCUUCACCACCGUCGCCGGCUGCCCAGCGCGACGGCUGUCCCUAGUGCCAGGUGGGCUCGCCCGGGUCUAUUCGUGCCUCGAGUCCUGCGGCAAAGUGGGAUGGCCCUUUGUUUCUCUCUCUCCCACUACUUGCUUGCCAGCUCCGGCGAGCCACGCCCGCAUUGCUCGCUCGGAGAAUAUAGACCAAACCUUAACAGCAGCCCACUGCUCACCUAUCAAAGGCGCAGACCCCGUGCUGGAAGUGCCUGUCCUCUUACCGUGUGCUCCUGGAGGACCCAAGGUCCAGACGGAGACUUUGCAUGCCAGGGAGAAGGACGGCCCGUUGCAGUGUGCUUCUUCCGCCAUUGUAACGCCUCCUUCCCGCCCAUGGUGCAUUUCUUCGUCUUUAAACAUCAUCACUAACAACCCUCACCACACCCUGUCUGCUUGUCUACGAACUGUUGGGUGCUUGCGCCGGCUGACCCUCCCCGUUCCGACUGCGACACAGGUCCUGCCUGCCGACCAGAACAUCAUUAAUACGCUGUAUAUUCCAGCCGUUCUGCGGAACCGAGCUAGCAGCGCUCAGAGGGAUCUUUUGAUGGCAUCUUCCCCAUCUGGACAUGCCGUCGUUGAGGAUGUCUCUCGUCAUUGUUUGGUUCACAGCACCUUCAACUGGAUUAGCGCCCAACAAGACAGUGGUUCAGACCCUCAGAACAUUGAAUGCCCACGCGCACAAAUCUGGAUGAAAA